AUGCCACAAAACCCUAUCGCGGACCAGGGGAAGUUUGGCGAGGUCGACUUACAAACACGGUUCUUUAAUCCUUUGCUUGCGUCAAUACUUGUGGAUGUCACCAAGAAAGUUCUGUUGCACUGGCCAAACAAAAUGGAGGAAACGGUGCCCCAAAUACGACCUGACGCCAUCGUGUCCACUGUCGUCCAGCUCAAGUUAGGUCUGUCCUUGGGCUAUGGUGAAGUGAAACCUGGGGACGACAGUACAACCAAUCAAUCGCUUUGUAUCGACACAAUGAAGCUUGCUGUCCUAUUAAGGAAUGCCGCCCAAAAAAACGGCCACCCAAUUAUCUCUUUCCAAAUCAAUGGAUUUCACCUGAUUUUUUUUGUGGUGCAAGAACUUGGCCGUCAUUUACAUACCAUAUUAAAGAUUGGCCGGCUUACUGUGCCAAACUCUUUGGCAUCACUUCAUUCGUUCAUCACACCCAAGAAUCUGAGUAUGCUGCUGCGUGUUACUUCUAUCUUUUGGAGUUGCUGCGUCUAUGACACUCCUUCAUUCACCAGUGCGCCACCCUCUAAAUUGCAGGAAAUUGCUACCUUGUUUUCUAUGACGGACAAAUCGAGCUCAAAGGCUAGAGAGUGCACCAUCAGAUAUAACUGAAAGCCUUUUGCAAAAAAAAACCCCCCCUCCUACUUCAUUUCUUUCCCCUUCACUCCCCUUCACUUGUUGUACUGCUUUACAUCGUUCGUCAUUUUUCCCUAAAUAAAUGUUUGU